AUGCCUUGCUUCAUUCUCGUUCAUAUUGAAUCGCAGAACCACUCCAACACCCACACCCAGGCCUGCGCUGCCUCCGCCUCCGCCGCCGCCGACCCGUCUGCUUCCCCGGCCAAGGAGGACGAGAAGGCCGAGCCCGAAGAACCAUCGCUAGAGGAGAGAGUUGAGAAGCUGGAGGCGGCUGCGAAAGAUCUAGCUGCGGAGAUUGAGGAUAUGCGCGCUCAAAUGCCAGACCUCAAGUAUUUGGAAGAAUGCGUGGAAAAGCUGAAGGCGGAGAAGUUUGGGGGAGACUACGUUCACUAA